AUGAUCUGUAUAGAAUGUGGAUAUUCUAAUAUUGAUUGUUUAUAUUCCAAGUAUAAAAGUGAUUAUAUCAAACUAAGUGUAUGUCCCGAAUGUAAUAAAAUUGCUGAUAAAUAUAUUGAAUAUGAUUCGGUGAUUCUAUUUUUGGACAUUUUAUUACUUAAAAGACAAGCCUAUAAACAUUUAGCAUAUAAUUUAACUGAAAUGGAAAUGGAAAUAGGAUCAUCAACUAAUUUCCAUAUAAAUGAUAAUACAAAUUUUAAAUUCUUUCAUACUUAUAGAAAACUUAUGAAAUUGAUAUUUAUGAUUUUAUCAUUUGAAGUUUAUUUAACAUGGGCUAAUGAAGAGAAAUUAUUGAUUCAUUCACAAUUAAUUAAUUUAAUUUUCAAUCAAUCAGUUGUAUAUCAAUAUUUAUUUUUCAUUAUUAAAUCAAGUCUAGAAAACCUUAUAUUGAAUUUAUCAUUACAAUUGAUUCUAAGACUAGGAUAUAAAUGGGGACAAGGUCCACAGAAAAUAAAUGGUAAUAUCAGGGAUAAAGAAUUAUUUGGAUAUAAAACAUCAGUCUUAUUGGUAACAACGAUGGUAUCAGGGUCAAUCAGAUUAUUUCCUAUAUUGAUGUUUAUUUGGCCAUACGAUAACAUAUCUAUCACUAAACCAUUGAUAAAUUUGAUUGCCUUUAUAAAUAUCGUGGAGGCACUACGAGUUGUCACGAGUUUGGGAUACGUGGAACUAAUACUCAGUUUGGCGUUUAGUAUUGUUAUCAGAAAUAUAGUGUCAAAACUGUUACUAGUACUAAUUGUCAGACUCUUUUUGGAUUUUAACUUUACUGAGGUGUAUUACAAUGAAAUGUAUCAAUUAUAUUCACAGAUUCAAACCUAUAUACGUUGGAUUUAA